AUGUCGUCUGGCAAGGUCAAGUCUACCCAGCUCUGGGACAAGUCCAAGGACGACCUGCUCAAGCAGCUCGGCGAGCUCAAGACUGAGCUCGGUCAGCUCCGCGUCCAGCAGGUCGCUUCGUCUGGCAGCAAGUUCAGCAAGAUCCACGACAUCCGCAAGUCGAUCGCCCGUGUCCUGACCGUCAUCAACGCCAAGCAAAGGUCCCAGCUCCGCCUGUUCUACAAGAACAAGAAGUACGCGCCCCUGGACCUCCGCCCCAAGCAGACCCGCGCCAUCCGCAGGAGGCUAUCACCCGAGGACAAGGCCCGCGUGCUUGCAAAGACCAAGAAGCGCCAGUCGCACUUCCCCCAGCGCAAGUUCGCCGUCAAGGCCGCCUAA